AUGAAUAUACCACGAAGAGCUGUACAAGGCAUCCAUGACCAGGUCCAGCCUACUCAGUCUCGUCAACAUCAUCAGCAGCAACAUCAACAGCAGCAACAGCAACUAUCCCCUACACACAAGCGGCCAAUUACCAGCCAGCAUCGUCUCACCAACCCGAAGACUGGCCAAAUGACCUCGACAGCUCGACAAAGCGGGAGCCCCUUUACCUCAUCGGUCAGUGGACGUGACUACCAUGGGCUGACAAGCGUGCAACAACCACCGUUCAAUGCGCAGAUGGCAGUACCGAUACCGACGCAAGAGACCAACCAUAGUCCCAUGUCACGCUCCAUGCAACACCACUCUCCCGCUUUCCAGAAACGCCAGGCACAUCGAUCGCAGAGCUCAGACCUUUCUUCGUUCCAGGACUAUUCCGAUUCAUCUUUUCUUGAAAUGGCGGGACUUGACUCAGCUAGCCAAGCUAGCUUAAACAUGAAUUCGACGUCGUACGAUAUCGGCGACGGGACUUUGCAACGAACCUCGCCCGAUAUCAACUCAUCCUAUGGCGCAUCUUCAAGCAUGAGCCUCCCAUCUUUCAAUAGCGAAAACACAGAGUCUGCGUUGAGGGAGCGCAUGUAUCAUAGCCUGAGACGUUAG